AUGCCCCACCUCCUACAGAACCUCAAGAACAAGUUCAGCGAUAGGCACGACGCCGCUCCGCCGCCAGCUCCGCCCAGCGCUGCCACCACCAGUGCAGCCCCUUCGACCCAGCCUAGCAGCAGUGCCGAUGUCGCUGCCCCUGCUGCAUCGGCUCCUAGCCAGCCGCAGCAGGCCGCCAUGGACGAGGGCGAAGUCGAGGACGAGGAAGAUCAGCAGGCGCUCGUUGUCCCCAAGGUCCACGGAGCAUACUUCGCCAACUGGGGCAUCUACGCCCGCAACUACAAGCCCCAGCAGGUGCCGUGCGCCAACCUCAGCCACGUCUUCUACGCUUUCGCCGACGUCGACCCGGCGACGGGCGCGGUGUUGCUGACCGACGCCUGGGCCGACGAGCAGAUCCACUACGACGGCGACUCGUGGAACGACGCCGGCACCAACCUCUACGGCAACUUCAAGCAGUUCCUCCUGCUCAAGAAGAAAUUCCGCCACCUCAAGCUGCUCCUUUCAAUCGGCGGCUGGACGUUUGCGCCCCACUUUGCCCCCAUGGCCAAGAGUGCCACGAGGCGCGCCAAGUUUGUCUCGAGCGCCAUCGAGAUCCUCGAAAACUCGGGGCUCGACGGCAUCGACAUCGACUGGGAGUACCCCGCCGAUGACGGCCAGGCGCAGAACUUUGUCUCGCUGCUCAAGGAGCUGCGCGCUGGCCUGACGGCGCACCAGGCCAAGAAGAAGGAGUCGAACCCGUACCUGCUCACCAUCGCCGCCCCCUGCGGCGAGGAUCACUACAAGAUCCUGCGGAUCGGCGAGAUGGACCGCUACCUCGACUUCUGGAACCUGAUGGCCUACGACUUUGCCGGCAGCUGGAGCGCCACGGCGGGCCACCAGGCCAACCUGUUUGGCCCGGCGCCCUCGGUGCGGACGGCGGUCAACUACUACGUCGAGAAGAACGCCCCGCCCCACAAGCUCGUCCUCGGCAUGCCCCUCUACGGCCGAUGCUUCCAGAACACCGACGGGCCGGGCAAGCCGUUUUCGGGCGUGGGCCAGGGGUCGUGGGAGGCGGGCAACUACGACUACAAGAACCUGCCGCUCAAGGGGGCCGUGGAAAAGUACGAUGGGACGCUGGGCGCGUCGUGGUCGUACGACUCGGGCAAGCGCGAGUUCGUCACGUACGACACUCCGCGGAUGGCGCGGCGCAAGUGCCUCUACAUCAGCCGCAAGCGCCUGCGCGGUGCCAUGUGGUGGGAGCUGAGCGGCGAUGGCCAGGGCGACCGGUCGCUCGUGUCGAUCGUGGCAAAGGAGCUGGGCAACCUCGACCAGACCCUCAACCACCUCUCGUUCCCCGGCAGCAAGUGGGACAAUGUCCGAAAGGGCAUCUAG